UAAAACAUGCGACGUGUGAGUAUAUAAACGAAGACGCGUCUUUUCCAAGCUUAGUGCGACUUCGAACUCUUAACCAGCCGGCGAUCAAACUAACUCUUUCUCUCUGUCUCUCUCCACCCAAGCAGCGUUCAACUAGCAAUUCCUGUUUUAGAUUGAGCGACAAUCCACUGAAAAUGGUCAAAGCUGGCCACAUAAUACUUUUGACUCAGCUUUUGGUCAUUGCUGGCGGCACAGAUCUGAGGAAAGGCGAUGAUUAUGUCGAUAAUGAAGUCAGCCCAGCCGAGGUGGCAUUAUCGUUCCCCCGAGUUUCGCGGAAAAGCGCCGCAUACGACGGCAACAUUGAGAAGAUCGACGUCAAAUGCGAUACGUCGAAUGGGAUGAUAGUCGAAGUGGAAUUCGCUGAGAUCUUUAAUGGAGUGAUAUACAGUCAAGGAUAUUACAAUGAUCCCAAGUGCAGAUAUGUGAGCGCUGGAAGUAAUGAGCGUCGAUUUGUUUUCAAAGUGCCCUUCGAUGGCUGUGGCAGCAAGCCAUCCUGUUCAAUAUGCGCUUCUGUGGACAAUAUACUGAUCAUACAGAAUGACCAGGAUAUUCAAGAGAGCUGGGACACGGCACGCAAGAUCACAUGCAGUCGCAGCGAUGAGCAGGAGAAGACUGUGUAUUUUCGACCAUUUGUUGUCGACAUGCUGGAAGUAAUAUCGGUAGAGACUCCAAGCGGUCCAGUUGAAUGCUGGAUGGAGAUAGGCACAGGUCUUCCACCGAAUAUCAAGCCAAUUAACUAUACUUUAAAGUUGGGCACGGAUAUAACAUUUACGAUGAAUGUCAAACAGACAACACAGACCUGGGAUAUUAACAUCUUGCAAUGCUAUGCUUCCGAUGAUCCUGAUUUCGAUACAGGCACCGCAAACAAAUUGCAGCUUUCCGAUAAAAAUGGUUGCUCUCUGAAGACAAAAGUAUUUGGGCAAUGGAAAAAAUUGGAGUCAUCUCCUGGCCAAACGUUAACUUAUUACAAUACGCUUAAAGCUUUCAAGUUCCCCGAUCGAUCUCAGGUGUACUUAAAAUGUGAUAUUGAACUAUGUAAUGGUGCUUGCGAAAGAAACUUCGCUUGCGGUGAGGAGCUAAUAGUGCCAACAAAGCCACGUUGCUCUGCUGGCUCAACAGAUCCUGAUUGUCAACCAGGAACAAUUCGACCCCUUGUAACGCCAAAGACACCAAGGUGUUAUCCGGGCUCCACUGAUCCCCGUUGUCCUCAAGAGCCAAAAACAACAGUUUCACCUAACUGCUAUCCUGGAUCACGAGAUCCUCGUUGUCAAGAAGAACCCAUAACUACAUCGAAGCCAAAAUGCUAUCCAGGAUCGACAGAUCCCGACUGUCAACCAGCCACUUACCUUCCUCCAACUACACGACGGCCAUCAGUCACUACACAGCGCCCCCCUGUAACUCCAACUAAGCCUAGAUGUUAUCCGGGCUCGACUGAUCCCCGUUGUCCUCAAGAGCCAAAGACAACCGUUUCACCUAACUGCUAUCCUGGAUCACGAGAUCCUCGUUGUCAACAAGAACCCAUAACUACAUCGGAGCCAAAAUGCUAUCCAGGAUCGACAGAUCCCGAUUGUCAACCAGCUACUUACCUUCCUCCAACUACACGACGGCCAUCAGUCACUACACAACGUCCUCCUGUAACUCCAACUAAGCCAAGAUGUUAUCCAGGCUCAACUGAUCCUCGUUGUCCUCAAGAGCCGAAAACGACAGCUGCGCCUAAUUGCUAUCCUGGAUCACGAGAUCCUCGUUGCCCACGGGAGCCCAUCACCACACAAAAGCCUCGUUGCCUUCCAGGAUCGAUCGAUCCCGAUUGUCAGCCAGCGACUUACCUUCCUCCAACUACACGACGUCCACCAGUCACUACACAGCGCCCUCCUGUUACCCCGAUUAAACCAAGAUGUUAUCCGGGCUCGACUGAUCCCCGUUGUCCUCAAGAGCCGACGACGACAGAUGCACCUAACUGCUAUCCUGGAUCACGAGAUCCUCGUUGCCCCCAGGAGCCAAAAACUACUUUAAAGCCGCGCUGCUAUCCUGGUUCAACAGAUCCUGGUUGCUCAACUACACGACGUCCACCGCUGACUACGACAAAGCCAAGGUGCUAUCCAGGCUCUACUGAUCCGCGCUGUCCAAAGGAACUCACUACAACCACCUCAACUCCUGCAUGUUAUCCAGGAUCAAAGAAACCUGAAUGCCUUAACUGCUUCCCAGGAUCACCAGAUCCAAGGUGUCCCAAAGUACCAACGACAAAAAGACCUGGUUGUUAUGACGGAUCAAGUGAUCCGAAAUGUCAACCAGCCACUUAUUUGCCUCCAAUAAAGACAACGAGAAUUCCCGGAAAUCUAGUUACACCAUCAAAACCAAUAUGCCGUCCAGGUUCAAGUGAUCCCCGUUGUCCUCAAGAGCCAAAGACAACAACAGCGCCCAAAUGUUAUCCUGGAUCACGAGAUCCACGGUGCCCAAAAGAACCCACAACCACACAAAAAUCCCGUUGCCAGCCUGGAUCGACAGAUCCCGACUGUCAGUCAACUACUUACCUUCCUCUAACUACAACAAGUCCACCUAUUACUACGACAGAGCCAAGGUGCUAUCCAGGCUCAACUGAUCCUCGUUGUCCUCAAGAGCCGAAAACGACUGCAAGGCCCAACUGCUAUCGGGGAUCUACCGAUCCUCGUUGUCCUCAAGAGCCAAAGACAACAGCUGCACCUAACUGCUAUCCUGGAUCACGAGAUCCUCGUUGCCCACGGGAGCCCAUAGCCACACAAAAGCCGCGUUGCCUUCCUGGAUCAACAGAUCCCGAUUGCCAGCCAGCUACUUAUCUGCCUCCAACUACCAGAAGUCCACCUGUGACAACUACAAAACCAAGAUGCUAUCCGGGCUCGACUGAUCCUCGUUGUCCUCAAGAGCCGAAAACGACAGCUGCGCCUAAUUGCUAUCCUGGAUCACGUGAUCCUCGAUGCCCACGGGAGCCCAUCACCACACAAAAGCCUCGUUGCCUUCCAGGAUCCACAGAUCCCGCUUGUCAGCCAGCUACGUACCUUCCCCCAACUACACGACGUCCAUCAGUCACUACACAACGUCCUCCUGUAACUCCAUCUAAGCCAAGAUGUUAUCCAGGCUCAACUGAUCCUCGUUGUCCUCAAGAGCCAAAGACAACAGCUGCACCAAACUGCUAUCCUGGAUCACGAGAUCCUCGUUGCCCACGGGAGCCCAUAACUACACAAAGGACACGUUGCCUUCCAGGAUCCACAGAUCCUGAUUGCCAGCCAGCUACUUAUCUGCCUCCAACUACCAGAAGUCCACCUGUGACAACUACAAAACCAAGAUGCUAUCCGGGCUCAACUGAUCCUCGUUGUCCUCAAGAGCCGAAAACGACAGCUGCGCCUAAUUGCUAUCCUGGAGCACGUGAUCCUCGAUGCCCACGGGAGCCCAUCAUCACACAAAAGCCUCGUUGUCUUCCAGGAUCCACAGAUCCCGCUUGUCAGCCAGCUACGUACCUUCCCCCAACUACACGACGUCCAUCAGUCACUACACAACGUCCUCCUGUAACUCCAACUAAGCCAAGAUGUUAUCCAGGCUCAACUGAUCCUCGUUGUCCUCAAGAGCCGAAAACGACAGCUGCGCCUAAUUGCUAUCCUGGAUCACGUGAUCCUCGAUGCCCACGGGAGCCCAUAACCACACAAAAGCCGCGUUGCCUUCCUGGAUCAACAGAUCCCGAUUGCCAGCCAGCUACUUAUCUGCCUCCAACUACAAGAAGUCCACCUGUGACAACUACUAAACCAAGAUGCUAUCCGGGCUCGACUGAUCCCCGUUGUCCUCAAGAGCCAAAGACAACAGCUGCACCUAACUGCUAUCCUGGAUCACGAGAUCCUCGAUGCCCCCCGGAGCCAACAACUACUUCAAAGCCGCGCUGCUAUCCUGGUUCAACAGAUCCUGGUUGCUCAACUACACGACGUCCACCGCUGACUACGACAAAGCCAAGGUGCUAUCCAGGCUCUACUGAUCCGCGCUGUCCAAAGGAACUCACUACAACCACCUCAACUCCUGCAUGUCAUCCAGGAUCAAAGAAACCUGAAUGCCUUAACUGCUUCCCAGGAUCACCAGAUCCAAGGUGUCCCAAAGUACCAACGACAAAGAGACCUGGUUGUUAUGACGGAUCAAGUGAUCCGAAAUGUCAACCAGCCACUUAUUUGCCUCCAAUAAAAACUACCAGAAUUCCCGGAAACCAAAAAACUCCAACAACAUCAGGCUGUUAUCCUGGAUCAACCGACCCUCGUUGUCCUCAAGAGCCAAAGACGACAGCUGCGCCUAAUUGUUAUCCUGGAUCACGAGAUCCUCGUUGUCCACGGGAGCCCAUAACCACACAAAAGCCACGUUGCCUUCCUGGAUCAACAGAUCCCGAUUGUCAGCCAGCUACUUAUCUGCCUCCAACUACAAGAAGUCCACCUGUGACAACUACUAAACCAAGAUGCUAUCCGGGCUCGACUGAUCCUCGUUGUCCUCAAGAGCCAAAGACGACAGCUGCCCCUAAUUGCUAUCCUGGAUCACGUGAUCCUCGUUGCCCACGGGAGCCUAUAACCACACAAAUACCUCGAUGUCUGCCUGGAUCGACAGAUCCAGAUUGCCAGCCAGCUACGUACCUUCCUCCAACUACACGACGUCCAACAGUCACUACACAACGUUCUCCUGUAACUCCAACUAAGCCAAGAUGUUAUCCGGGCUCGACUGAUCCCCGUUGUCCUCAAGAGCCGACGACGACAGCUGCACCUAAUUGCUAUCCUGGAUCACGAGAUCCUCGAUGCCCACGGGAACCCAUAACUACACAAAAGCCCCGCUGUCUUCCUGGAUCAACAGAUCCCGAUUGUCAGCCAGCUACUUAUCUGCCUCCAACUACAAGAAGUCCACCUGUGACAACUACUAAACCAAGAUGCUAUCCGGGCUCAACUGAUCCUCGUUGUCCCCAAGAACCGAAGACGACUGCAAGACCCAACUGCUAUCCCGGAUCUACCGAUCCUCGUUGUCCUCAAGAGCCGACGACGACAGCUGCGCCUAAUUGCUAUCCUGGAUCACGUGAUCCUCGUUGCCCACGGGAGCCUAUAACCACACAAAUACUUCGAUGUCUGCCUGGAUCGACAGAUCCGGAUUGCCAGCCAGCUACGUACCUUCCUCCAACUACACGACGUCCAACAGUCACUACACAACGUCCUCCUGUAACUCCAACUAAGCCAAGAUGUUAUCCAGGCUCAACUGAUCCUCGUUGUCCUCAGGAACCGAAGACGACUGCAAGACCCAACUGCUAUCCCGGAUCUACCGAUCCUCGUUGUCCUCAAGAGCCAAAGACGACAGCUGCGCCUAAUUGCUAUCCUGGAUCACGAGAUCCUCGUUGCCCACGGGAACCCAUAACUACACAAAAGCCCCGCUGUCUUCCUGGUUCAACAGAUCCCGAUUGUCAGCCAGCUACUUAUCUGCCUCCAACUACCAGAAGUCCACCUGUGACAACUACAAAACCAAGAUGCUAUCCGGGCUCAACUGAUCCUCGUUGUCCUCAAGAGCCGACGACGACAGCUGCACCUAAUUGCUAUCCUGGAUCACGAGAUCCUCGAUGCCCACGGGAACCCAUAACUACACAAAAGCCCCGCUGUCUUCCUGGUUCAACAGAUCCCGAUUGUCAGCCAGCUACUUAUCUACCUCCAACUACAAGAAGUCCACCUGUAACUACGACAAAACCUGUAACUACGACAAAACCAAGAUGCUAUCCGGGCUCAACUGAUCCGCGCUGUCCAAAGGAGCUUACUACAACCACCUCAACUCCUGCAUGUUAUCCAGGAUCAAAGGAGCCUGAGUGCCUAAACUGCUUCCCAGGAUCACCAGAUCCAAGGUGUCCCAAAGUAUCAACGACAAAAAGACCUGGUUGUUAUGACGGAUCAAAUGAUCCGAAAUGUCAACCAGCCACUUAUUUGCCACCAAUAAAAACUACGAGAAUUCCCGGAAACCAAAAAACUCCAACAACAUCAGGUUGUUAUCCCGGAUCAACCGACCCUCGUUGUCCUCAAGAGCCAAAGACGACAGCUGCGCCUAAUUGUUAUCCUGGAUCACGAGAUCCUCGUUGCCCACGGGAGCCUAUAACCACACAACAACCCCGUUGUCUGCCUGGAUCGACAGAUCCCGAUUGCCAGCCAGCUACUUACCUUCCUCCAACUACACGACGUCCACCUGUGACUACGACCACGUUAAGAUGUUAUCCAGGCUCAACUGAUCCUCGUUGUCCCCAAGAACCGAAGACGACUGCAAGACCCAACUGCUAUCCCGGAUCUACCGAUCCUCGUUGUCCUCAAGAGCCAAAGACGACAGCAGCACCUAAUUGCUUCCCUGGAUCACGAGAUCCUCGUUGCCCACGGGAGCCUAUAACCACACAACAACCCCGUUGUCUGCCUGGAUCGACAGAUCCCGAUUGCCAGCCAGCUACUUACCUUCCUCCAGCUACACGACGUCCACCUGUGACUACGACCACGUUAAGAUGUUAUCCAGGCUCAACUGAUCCUCGUUGUCCUCAAGAACCGAAGACGACUGCAAGACCCAACUGCUAUCCCGGAUCUACCGAUCCUCGUUGUCCUCAAGAGUCAAAGACGACAGCUGCGCCUAAUUGUUAUCCUGGAUCACGAGAUCCUCGUUGCCCACGGGAGCCUAUAACCACACAACAACCCCGUUGUCUGCCUGGAUCGACAGAUCCCGAUUGCCAACCAGCUACUUACCUUCCUCCAACUACACGACGUCCACCUGUGACAACGCCUAAAUCAAGAUGUUAUCCAGGCUCAACUGAUCCUCGUUGUGCUGAAGAACCAAGAACGACUACAAAACCAAACUGCUAUCCUGGAUCAACUGAUAUUCGUUGUUCACAGAGUUUAGUAACAUCAACUGUACCUCCAAAUACAACUCCUAUUUAUUGUUAUCCAGGCUCUGUAGAUCCCCGCUGUCCGGAUACCUAUAAGGGGUCAACGCCCAUCCCGGCAACGUAUUUGCCACCAUUGAGCGACCCGGGUUACGACAGGACAGUUAGAGAUGCGAAGAGCCAAUUCUUUAAUGAGAUUAACAAAUUGGCGAUCACAAAUAAUAAUAUUUUUGAGUUAGACGACGAUGAGGAUAUUGAGCCAGCGCGAGUAAAACGUGAUCUAAGCGAUUUAAAUAUAGAUCCAAUAACUUCCACCGAUCAAGGCGAUGAUCUUUUGUCCAGAAAAAUAAUGAAGCGCGAAUUCAACGAACGGCAACCAGAGAGGGAGGUCAUUUCCUUCACUCUUGGCAUUCGGACCGCUAUCAAAGUGAAUUAGCCAGAGUGCAACAGUGCCAGCAAAUGAACUCUCUCGCAUUUAGGUUAUCGUUUAAACAUGUAUUAUGCCUACAUAUUUAUAUCUUACUAUUAAACGUAUUCAUUCAAACAUACUCGAUUGCUAGUGUUCUAAGUGUAAGUAAACUCAGCUUAUAACGAAUGAUUUAUGUACAUUUUAAUUCAUACAAAUAAAAGUAAAUACAAAACGAA